AGAUCACUCUAAAAAGUGUCGGUGCAAAUCCGAACAGAAAGUCAACAAUCCGCCGAGCCAGCUCGGUUGCUUACCUUUUAUUGGUCAAGAAGUUUAAAACAGAUGGAAACAUGCUGAGAUGUUCUGUACUCCUUCCUAACCUAUUAGGAAAGACAUUCAGUGAUUCCAGUAGAGUCUUGUUACCUGCCCUUUGUACCGCUUCACCACCAGGUGUCAGGAGGAUGGCUGCGCCCAAUCAGAAAAAAACCAAGGCAGUGAUCUUUGAUCUUGGAGGAGUUAUUGUCCCUCCCCCAUUUAAGAUGUUUGAAGAUUAUGAGAAAGCUAAAGGUCUGCCUCCAAAGUCCAUAUCGCGGGUCGUAGUGGAAGGCGGCAGCAAUGGGUCCUGGAAUAAACUGGAGAGUGGCCAGCUCUCUGUCACACAGUUCUUUGAUGUGUUCCAGAAAGAGUAUUUUGACUUGACAGGGAAGAAUAUUGACGUGGCCGAGUUGUUUCGAGGCUUUGGUAAGUACCUAGGGAAACCCUACCCUCAGAUGAUCGACGCAGUUCAGUGUGUAAGAGCCGAGGGACUGAAGACUGCCCUUCUCACAAACAACUGGCACUGGCCUGGCAGGGACUCCAGCAACAGCCUGCCCCUCAGCCGUAGUCUAUUUGAUGUGAUCAUUGAGUCGUGUGUUGUGGGGAUGAGGAAGCCAGACCCUCGGAUCUAUGAGAUGUGCCUGAAGCAACUAGAUGUGGCUCCAGAGGAAUCAGUUUUCCUUGACGACCUCGGUGGCAACCUCAAGGCGGCAAAGGCUCUCGGCAUCAAUACUAUUAAGGUAUCAAAUCCUGACGUAGCGAUUCGAGAGUUGGAAGGGUUCUUGGGUGUACCCCUCCAUGGUUAUGUAGAAGGAACCGUAGCUGUGGCAGAACACCUAAAGGUGCCAAUGGACAGACUGGAGGACUACCUCAAAAACGUUCUCCACAUUCAAUCCUCAGAUCCUCCUCACAUCCGCUGUUUUCUGCAUGGCCAGUCCAAUCCAACUUACUAUGUAUCUUAUGGAGGCAAACAGCUCGUCCUCCGCAAGAAACCGCCAGGAAAGCUACUGCCAUCAGCCCAUGCUGUAGAGAGAGAAUUUCAAGUGAUGCAGGCUCUUGGACAACAUGGUGUGCCCAUGCCUAAAAUGUAUGGACUUUGUGAAGACCCUAGUGUAAUUGGGACACCAUUUUACAUAAUGGAGUACCUGAAGGGUCGGAUCUUUAUUGACCGGUCACUACCUGGUAUGACCAAAGCCCAGCGGAGGGAACUGUUCUCGUGUAUGGCAGACACGCUUUGUCAGAUCCAUCGGGUGGACAUCAGUGCUGCCGGCCUUGAUAGCUUUGGCAAAAAAGGUGGUUACUUAAAGCGGAACUUCACCAGGUGGGCACGUCAGUACGAGGCGAGUAAGACACGGGAGAUUGAGUCGAUGAACAAGCUGAUGCGGUGGAUAACUGAACGCAUGCCCUCAGACGAACGAGUCACAGUGGUACAUGGAGACUUCAGACUCGACAAUCUGAUAUUCCAUCCCGACAGACCUGAAGUGAUUGGGGUCCUAGACUGGGAGCUAUCUACAAUAGGAGACCCCAUAACAGACCUUUUCUCAGCGAUGGUUAACUAUUACCUGCCUAGUGAUUUCUUUAUGUUUGCAGAAUCAGGUGAUGUAGAUAUGCGGGAAAUUGGGUGUCCGUCUGUUGAGGAGUUUGUCGCUGAGUACUGUCAGAAAAUGGGUAUCCCCCCUAUAGAUAACUGGGACUUCUAUGUGGCUUUUGGACUGUUCAGAUUUAUUGCCAUCAUACAAGGAGUUUACAAGCGGGCCAUUUCUGGCCAAAAAAGUCACCCAAAAUCUGAACUCGCCGGAAUGUUUGCUGUUAGGGUUGCUGAUGAGGCCUGGGAGCUUAUUUCUAAGAGCAAGCUGAAGCCCACUCUGUCGCCGACGGCAGGCUCCGUCUCUGCUGACCAGGGAGGCAAGAGAAACUACUCGACCUCAGCUGGUGAUGAAGCAUUAGGUAAGAUGGCAGUGACCCCUGAGGCCCUGCCAGAGAGGGCCAGAGACAUCUUCUUCCGUGUGAAAAAGUUCAUAAACAACGAGAUCAUGCCACAUGAGGCAGAGUUGGUAAAGUUUACCAAAUCUGACAAGAAGUGGGAGGUCAACCCUAUGGUAGAGGAGUUAAAGACAAAAGCUAAGGCCCAGGGUUUGUGGAACCUGUUCAUGCCAGUAGAAUCUGACCCAGAUGUGAAGUAUGGAGCCGGACUGACCAACCUUCAGUAUGCCUUUAUGGCAGAGGAGAUGGGCAAGUGUAUAUGGGCCUCUGAGGCCUUCAACUGUGCUGCGCCGGACACUGGUAACAUGGAGACACUAGUGAAGUAUGGUACAGAGGAACAGAAACAGCAGUGGCUGAUCCCCCUCCUCAACGGCGAAAUCAGGUCCUGCUUCGGUAUGACAGAACCCCAGGUGGCGUCGUCUGAUGCGACAAAUAUUGAGUCGUCCAUAGAGCGAAGGUCUGACCACUACCUCAUCAACGGUCACAAAUGGUGGACAUCUGGUGCCCUCCAUCCGCAUUGUAAAGUAUGUAUCUUCAUGGGUAAAACUGACAAGGGAGCCAGCGUCCAUAAGCAGCAGAGCAUGAUCCUCGUUCCCAUGGAUGCCCCCGGGGUCAAAAUCAUCCGACCUUUGUCUGUCUUUGGCUUCAUGGAUGAACCAGCGGGCCAUGCAGAGGUGACCUUUGAGAAUGUAAAAGUACCACUUACCAACAUUCUGCUGGGAGAGGGUCGAGGAUUUGAGAUUGCUCAAGGCCGAUUAGGGCCUGGCAGAAUCCACCAUUGUAUGCGGCUAAUAGGCAAUGCAGAGAGAGCGCUGGAGCUCAUGGUCAAACGCACCCAGGAACGCAUUGCCUUUGGGAAGCCCCUGGCUGCCCAGGGUACCAUUCAGGCGGACGUGGCCCAGUCCAGGAUAGAGAUAGAACAAGCCAGACUGCUCACACUCAGGGCCGCUUACAUCAUGGAUAACUUUGGCAAUAAGGUUGCAGCUCCAGACAUAGCGAUGAUAAAGGUUGCGGCACCAAAUAUGGCGCUGAAGGUCAUAGAUAGAGCUAUACAGUCCUUCGGGGGUGCAGGUCUUGAUGACUCCCUGCCCCUAGCCAGUAUGUUUGCUUGGGCCCGAAUUCUGAGGCUGGCAGAUGGACCAGACGAAGUCCACAGGAGAACCAUUGCCAGAUAUGAAUACAAGAAAUCAAAACUAUGAUUCGAAAGGUACAUGGGGGUGCAGGUUUAAGUCUUGACUUCCCCCUGGCAGCCAUGUAUGCUCAUGCACGGACAUUACGUUUAGCUGACGGACCGGACGAGGUGCACAGACGUGCUGUGGCCAGAAUUGAAUACCGUCGGGCCAGCAAAGUCAACAAGCUGUAAACACACAGCAAAAAAAAAUAUUAUCUAAUUGAAGAUAUUUAGACAUGUACUGAUGACACAGCACAGUGAUUUCUUACUGAGUGGUAGUCAGUAUGGAUAAAUAAGUUACAUGUUAAAAAUGUGAAGUUAAUCAAUCCUAAGCUAGAAUCCACUAUAAACAGUUUAAGUACAUGUAUCUGUGAGAAGAGAAAAAUCACUUUUCAGAAAAAGAAACUUGUAUUCGGGAAAGUAAAUUGCAGACUUCGUUGUUUAAAUUUUACAUAAAUAUGAUUUGAUAAAUUAUCUGUAAAUGAAAGUAGUAAGAAUUUGUUUUGAUUGAGCAGAAUAUUUAAAUUUGUUUCUGAUAUAUAUACAUGUUCUUUAAGUUCAGUUUAUUAUAAGCCUGUGAUACUGAAUAUAGUGCUUCUUCAUAUAGUGAUUAUAUAGAUGGCAAUUUGUUUUCAUUAACAUGAUGUAUAAUAUAAUAUAAUUGUGUACGUUUGGAGUGUAUUUUGAUGGUGCAGUAUACAAUAAUUGUGUACGUUUGGAGUGUAUUUUGAUGGUGCAGCUAUACAAUAAUAGUGUACGUUUGGGGUGUAUUUUGAAGGUGAAGUAUACAAUAAUAGUGUACAUGGAAUGUGAUGGUGACAUUACACUGAAGUAUAUAUGUGGUGUGCUGUACAGUCUGUGUGUUAAACUGUCGACAGUGUUUUAUGAGACUUGGCAGCAUACUUGUAAAGCACUAUAAUAAUAUGUUAUCAAUUAUACCAGCAUCAGUGAUUGAAGUAAUGUUUAAUACCACAGGAGAGGUUCAGAUAUAUAGAUAUUUGAUGUUCCUGAUAACUGCUGUUAAGAUUUGCUCAAACAUUGAGGCUGAUUUUGUAUAAUUGUACAUUUUUUAUGCUUAUUUGUACAUGAGCUUUGAUACUACAUCUGUGUAAUUGAAAAUUUCUAUACUGCUUGUUUUGUAAACAGUGUCAUUUACAAUGUUAUAUCAUAUGCAAUCAUAGUUUUACAAAAACAAAGAGAAUACAUUUGAUAAUAACAGAAUACGGUGUUUGUUAAAAGUGAACCGUAAUAAUGAAUAAUGUUAAAUACCAGUUUUGAAGUUUUUUGAAACUCAUAUAAUAUCUACUAAGCAGCACUUGUUUACCAAAUAUCAUUACAUUUAGUUAUCAAACAAAUACAGGAAGCAGAAACCAAAUUUCCAUUAGGAAAGGAUUUUGUUUUUGUAAGUUGAGUAAGUUUAAUAAUAAUCUGCUAUAAAAUGAAAUUCAUUAAGAGAGUUACUUUCUUGCCUCCUAAGAAGUGCCUGCCCUAUAGAACUCUGACCAGUAGCUACCUGUGAAUAAAAUGCCAUAAAGUUUCCUAAAAUAAAUGACCUUGACCAAACAUUAAGGUCAGAGGAUUUGAAUAGGAAUUUUUUUUUCAAAUGGCAUCAUGUAAAAUUUCCUGAGGUUUAUAGCCAUGAUACACUAGUAUGUUAUAAAGCUCAGCCAUGCACAUGGUGUUAUGUAUUGUGUUGAGGUCAUAGGUCAACUUUGAGAUUUGGCUGGGGUAAAACGCUCUAAAAAAACUCCUGUUAAGUUGAAGAUGGCUUAAGGUCAUGUGACUGGUAGCAACUUACAGGUUGUGCAAAUUGUUAAGGUCAUUUAGUCUGCUACAUGUAACAGUAUGCUUGCAUCAACUUUUUAAAUCAACUUCUUAAUAAUCAAACAGCCUAAAAUCUAGGUGUUUGGCGAGUAGCAUGCAGGAUUAGACGGUUAUCAAGUUUGUUAAAAUGAAUGAUUUUGAACCACUUUCUAGGUACCAAAGAUCAGAUGUUUUAAAACUUUUCAAAGAACUGAAGAACCAAAAAGCAUAAGUUCAUGAUAUUUGGCCUGUAGCAUACUGGAGUAGAGGACUACUAAGUUUCAGUUGAUGUACCUUGACUCGCAUUUAAGGUCACAUGUAUCAAAUGUCUUAAACCUUUAAACUAAAUCUUCUAAAUAACCAAGAGGUCAAAGGUCAUGAUGUUUAGACAGUAAGCUUCUAUCGCAUCACUUUUAACUAAGUCAUUUUUUAUCAACGUUCUUGUCACAGGGUUCAAAUGUGCUUAAAACUUAUAAAAAUGUUCAUGCCUAGACGAGUUAACAUUUAGAGUGCUAGAAUAUUACUCUAUGAACUUUGUUCAAUUAUCAACUUUGUUCAAUUACCUGACCUUGACAAGCUUUAAGGGUGACGGGAGUAAAACAUAAAUUCUUGCUACAAAAACGGAUAAGGUGCAGAGUAAUGGCAUUGUGGAUGAUUGAAUCAAUGGCAUUUUAAAUUUGAUUCAUGCAGUGCACAUGCGUUAAAACAUAUACAAGUGAUUUUACAUUUCAUUUUAACAGGACUUCUCAUGAAUUCAAUAAUGUAUAUUAAAUCAAAUCUAC